UUUUUCCGACUUUCAAAACAAUCGCAAGAUAUUUUUCUCCAACUUCACUAUCCAAACAGUGUUAAGGGUCCGUUUGUGUAUAAUUCUCGCUCUCGUCCGUUCUCUUUCUCGGAAACCAAUCAAACCAGAUCGUCGGUUAUUGCGCAACACUCAAUCGGCGACGAAGAAAAUGACGGUCGAAGCAGCAAACGGCGUCGCAGAGACCCGUUCGUUCCCAAACGGCGAUCUGAAGCAUCGAAACCCUAACAAUACAGCCACUGUCGGGAAGAAAUCGCGCGAGAGCGAGCGACGUCGGAGGCGGCGGAAGCAGAAGAAGAACAACAAGACCUCUCAUGCCGCGACGGACACCACCGCCGGUGAGGACAGUGACACAGCUGCGGACGACGGCGGCGUUGAUGACAAUGUAAAGCAGCAUUCCGAUCCUCAAAAGGCUUUGGAACAAGUUGAAGUAGAGUACAUACCAGAAAAGGCAGAACUUGAUGGUGAUUUGGAUGAGGAAUUCAGAAGAGUCUUUGAGAAAUUCAUUUUUACGGAAACAGCUGGUUCCGAGGAGAAAGAUAACAAAGAUGAGACUGCCCUCAAUGAAGCCUUGAAUAAGAAGGCAAACUCAGAUUCAGAAGAGGAAGAACAGGAUGUUCAACUGAAAGAGAGAGGCAUUUCUAAUAAAAAGAAAAAGCUCCAACGUCGGAUGAAAAUUGCUGAACUGAAACAAAUCUCCUCGAAGCCUGACGUAGUUGAGGUGUGGGAUGCGACAUCAGCAGACCCUAAGUUGCUGGUAUACUUGAAAUCAUAUCGAAAUACUGUUCCCGUGCCAAGGCAUUGGUGUCAGAAGAGGAAAUUUUUGCAGGGCAAGCGUGGUAUUGAAAAACCGCCAUUUCAACUUCCUGAUUUUAUUGCUGCUACAGGAAUUGAGAAAAUUAGACAGGCUUACAUUGAAAAGGAGGACAGUAAGAAGCUUAAACAGAAGCAGCGUGAGAGGAUGCAGCCAAGGAUGGGGAAAAUGGAUAUUGAUUAUCAGGUUCUCCAUGAUGCAUUUUUCAAGUACCAGACUAAGCCAAAGCUGACGGCACAUGGUGAUUUAUACCAUGAGGGGAAAGAAUUUGAGGUUAAGCUGAGGGAGAUGAAGCCAGGAAUCUUAUCGCAGGAACUAAAAGAAGCUCUUGGUAUGCCAGAGGGAGCUCCUCCCCCAUGGCUAAUUAAUAUGCAGAGAUAUGGUCCUCCACCUUCUUAUCCACAUUUGAAAAUUCCGGGGCUGAAUGCACCUAUUCCAGCGGGAGCUUCCUUUGGUUAUCAUGCUGGAGGCUGGGGCAAACCACCAGUUGAUGAAUUUGGGCGCCCGUUGUAUGGAGAUGUUUUUGGUGUUCAGCAACAAGAACAGCCCAACUAUGAGGAAGAACUAGUAGAUAAAACCAAGCAUUGGGGUGAUUUGGAGGAGGAGGAAGAAGAAGAAGAGGAAGAGGAAGAGGAAGAUGAAGAUCAGAUUGAGGAGGAGGAAUUAGAUGCUGGCAUUCAAUCUGUGGAUAGUCUUUCAAGCACACCUACUGGCGUUGAGACUCCAGAUGUUAUUGACCUUCGCAAGCAGCAGAGAAAGGAGCCUGAGAAGCCUCUUUACCAAGUACUUGAAGAAAAAGAAGAAAAGAUUGCUGCAGGAACCUUACUUGGAACGACCCAUACGUAUGUGAUAAGCGGUGGCACUCAGGAUAAAACUGCAGGCAAAAGGGUUGAUCUGCUUAAAGGUCAGAAAUCAGAUAGAGUUGAUGUCACAUUGCAACCAGAGGAAUUGGAACUUAUGGAUAACGUGUUGCCUGCCAAGUACGAGGAAGCAAGGGAGGAGGAGAAACAGCGUAGCCAGCGGGAGGACUUCAGUGACAUGGUUGCAGAGAAUGAGAAGAAGAGGAAACGUAAGAUGCAGGAAAAGGAUGGGAAGUCAAAGAAAAAGGAGUUCAAGUUUUAGGACGCCGUGUUCUGUUUUCAUGAUAUCGGAGAAAGGUCAGGUUAAAGGAUGGCAAGUGACAGAAAACGUAUUUCAAGUUUUAUGAUGUUUUGUUCUGUUUUCAUGACACGAGAAAGGUCAGAUUCAUCAUACUCAAGUCGUUGGUGGCCUCUUUUUAUUUAGCAGAACUGUAGUAUUUGUGCCUAUAUAUGUAACAGAAACUGUAGUGGUAAUUCGCUUAAUGGUCAGCAUCAUGCGAUGGAAGUUUCUUGUGUA